UGGAUUAUUCGAUUUUUUUAACCACUUAUUCGACUUUUUCCUACUCUAAUUGUUUACUAGCUAAGGGGUUUACUAGCUAAAAGAUGGGUCGAGCAAAUGCAGUAGUUGAGGAGGAACUCCGAAAUUAUUUUAAGUCACAUAGCAAAAUAAGAGAACAGAAAGCUCAUACAUCCAAAGUUCAUUCUGUAGGUUGGAGUUGCGAUGGCCGACGUCUGGCAUCCGGUUCAUUUGAUAAGACUGUAGCUGUUUAUACUUUGGAACGUGAUAGAGUGAGUAAAGAAAAUACAUAUCGUGGCCAUAGUGGUUCUGUGGAUCAGCUGUGUUGGCAUGCUUCAAAUCCGGAUUUAUUAAGCACUGCGAGUGGAGAUAAAACUGUUCGAAUUUGGGAUAUUAGAGCAGGCAAAUGUUCAUCUGUUACCAAUACAAAGGGAGAAAACAUUAAUAUAACUUGGUCCCCUGAUGGCAAAACCAUAGCUGUAGGAAAUAAGGAAGACCUUGUGACUUUCAUUGACACAAGAACGAAUAAAAUUCGUGCGGAGGAACAGUUUAAUUUUGAGGUGAACGAAAUUGCCUGGAAUAACAGCAGUGAUCUUUUCUUUCUCACCAAUGGAAUGGGUUGUGUUCAUAUACUUAGCUAUCCCAGCUUGGAAUUACAGCAUAUUUUAAAAGCACAUCCUGCCACAUGCAUAUGUAUUGAGUUCGACCCAACAGGAAAAUAUUUUGCAACAGGUUCGGCCGAUGCUCUUGUGUCUUUGUGGGACGCAAAUGAAUUAGCAUGUUUGCGGGUAUUGUCGCGAUUAGAUUGGCCAGUGAGAACUAUUUCAUUUAGUUAUGAUGGCAAACUUAUUGCGUCCGCAUCUGAAGAUUUGCUUAUUGAUAUUGCUCACACGGAGACGGGAGAAAAAGUUGCCGACGUAUCUGUGGAUGCAGCCACGUUUACAGUCGCAUGGCACCCGAAGCAAUACCUAUUAGCAUUCGCUUGUGAUGACAAGGACAGUAAUGAUCGACGCCGCGAAGCCGGUAAUUUAAAAGUUUUUGGGUUUCAAGAAUAAUAAUUGUUAACGAAACUAUAAAAAUAAAAAGCUAACAUAAUGAUAAGAAAGUCGAA